AUGCCCUGUGCCCAGCCUGGCCUUUGUACUUCCCGCUCCGGGGCUCCCUCUGUGUCCUCUGCCCAGAGUAAGGAAGCCGCAUUGAUACAGGCUGGACGCCGAGUGCUACGGGAGACUGGGGAUACCACAAGCCACAGGCCUCUGAUCCCAAUGUUGCCUUUCCAGAAAUUGGUGAAGGGGGUCACACUGGACAUCAGAGCCAACUGGGAGUUCCAGAGUGCAGCCCGAGGUGUGGGCCAGGGGCCGGUGAGGAAUGCCUGGAGAGUUUAUUUGAAGAUGGCAACCUGUGUACCAUCCAAAAGGGUCACGCUGGUGCCCAAAGAGCCUCGGCUAGCCCUGUGCACACCUGGAGGCAAGGAGUCGAGUCAAACCAGUUCUAAUGGUGUCACUUAA